GCUCCGCCGCCAGUCAGUCACCUUUUACCAGCAGAGAGGGAAGUAUCGUUUUGGGGGUUUUAAGAAAACAAAUCUGAAGACAGCGGCACAGAAUUGAAGCAGUACACCGAGGUCAGCGGGAGACGGUAACUAGCCACUGCAUCUGGAGGAAAGUCAACGUGCAGGGAAACGGUCACGGGUGCGCGGAAGUUUGUGUUUACUGAUGUAGUAGUAGCUAGCUGGUUGGCCCUGUUAGCUUGUUAGCGAGGAAGGUGCGCGCUGCUCAGACUGCUGGACUUCAACAUUUACAACUAGCCCAACUUAACAGCCAAGUUAGACAACUGUCCUGUUUGUGGUUAUAACAUUUAAAAACGGUUUGGCAGAUGUUGCGGUGGCUUGUAGGUUUGGCAAACUCUUGUAACGUCAGUGCGGGCCACGAGCUUUGAAUCUUGUGGGGUCGUGUCACACACAGACAGCACUGACACAUAAAGAGAGAAAACGCAUUUAAAGCCACGAUCUUUAAAGUAAAGAUCACUGCAGUCAAACAUCCAAGCGUCCCUGUCUCUGCUGAUACGGAUGACCUAUAGGUUUGCAACAUUGGAGCUGCGACCCGUCCUCCUCUUCGGACCUAGUUCAUCGUCUUCGCCCGUGAUGGGCCCCCUGCUCAGCUAGUACGACGCGUGGAAACAAUCCGCAGCCCUCUAACCAUGGGAGGAUGUGUGGGGAGAUACUGGGAAGGCUGGGAGGACACACAGAGCCGAGGCUCGUCCAGGAACGGUGGACGAGGAGGACGUAACGAGCCUCUGAAGAAAGAGCGUCCCAAGUGGAAGAGCGACUAUCCGAUGACAGAGGGCCAGCUACGGAGCAAGCGGGACGAGUUCUGGGACACGGCGCCGGCCUUCGAGGGCCGUAAGGAGAUCUGGGAUGCCUUGAAAGCUGCAGCCGUGGCCUUGGAGUGUAACGACCACGAGCUGGCCCAGGCAAUAGUGGAUGGAGCCAGUAUCACACUGCCACAUGGUACUCUUGCGGAGUGUUACGAUGAACUCGGGAACCGCUACCAGCUGCCCGUCUACUGCCUUGCUCCACCUGUCAACCUCAUCUCAGAGCGCAAUGACGACGACCCCGGCGAUAGCCCCGAACCUCCUGUAGCACCCAAGAAGGAGUUCCAGCUCAAGGUACGACUUUCCACAGGCACAGACCUGCGCCUCAGCGCCAGCAUGGCUGACACCAUAGGGCUACUAAAAAAGCAGCUGCAGGCCCAGGAGGACAUUGACGCCGCCCACCAGCGCUGGUUCUUCUCCGGGAAGCUGCUCACGGACAAGACGCGACUGCAAGACACUAAGAUCCAGAAGGACUUUGUCAUCCAGGUCAUCGUCAACCCGCAGGCCCUCCGAGGCCCCAAGCUGUCACCCACCAACACUGCCUCAUCACCUGCAUCUGAAUAACGGAGGACACAGAGGACAGAUGGAGGGAUGGUGCAGUAGGUAGUGAGGUGGUUGGCGGACACUUAAGGACCAGAGGUGCCUCCGUGUUGCUGGAUAACUUAUACUUUUUAAGAACAGUUAUUGUUAUUGAAAUAAAAUCGUACUGUGGAGGUACAAAACUACUUUGGAGCAAAAACACAAGGAAGAAACUCAAAAGUGCUGCUUUCUGUCAUCUGCCACGUGUCAUUAUAGUUUGGGGUUCUGCCGGGUUGUUCUUUAAGUGAAUCCAGUCACCACACUAACGCUGGAGCUCCUCGUCCCCUUGUCUCUUUGAACCAUCUCGAAUUAAAAGCAGAACUUGUCAUGCUGGUGUGCAGCCAUUUCAACCACAUACAAAACAUGCACAUCACGCUGCACAUGCAGACUCCGCCUCUGCCCUUUUAUCUGCACUAAUGCUAACUAAGUGCCAACGGAUGAACUGCAGAGGUGUUUGUGUUGGUUCUAAAGCACAUUUCCACUAUGAUGCCCGUGGACUCUGCGCUGCAAUCCUUUUCUCCUCCACAGAAACAGGAGGGGAAGGCGGAGAGGGAUACUGAACUUCUUUUUUCCUUCUUUCUUUUAUUGAGGAAAUAAUGUAAACAGAGCUUUUUUGCACAUUUGAAGAUUAUAACUAUACUUUUGUGGUAGUUUGUGUGCCUUCUACAAAAUGAAACAAAAAAGGGUUAAUGUCCGUAAAGACGCUAGUGUUACCGCUAGGCAAAGCCUUCUGUAUUUUUUUAGAUUCAGGAACUCUUAGAUCAAUCCAAGCUAUAACUGCUGCCUUUUUUAAUGAUUUCAAGAAUAUUGCAAACAAAACAUUUAAUGUGUGAGUGCUGGCAGGUGUGUGCGUGUGCGUAUGUAUGUAUAGGAAUAUGCAUUUGGCCCAUAUGAUACAUUUCAGUACCACGUAGCUCAAAGACAAGACUGUUUCCCCGGUCAUAGCUUUUCAGUCAAUCAUAUCAAAUUGUGCAGGGAAGGCAAAAUUCCCCCACAAAAAAAUACGAUCUUAAAAGCUGCAUUAUUGACCACUUAAUGACCGCCAGACCACUAGGGGGCAGCAACACAGCCCUGAUGUAGUCAGUUCAGUUGCUUAGGGCUUCUUGUCCCUUUUCUCACCACAUGAUGAAUGUAAAAUCAGUAUUCAUUCAUCCUCAUCAACUUGAUGUGGUCCUCAAAGGAAAGUAUCUGCACAUUUGUUUGCUCAGUGUUUGACUUUCUUCACCAGCAUAUAAACGGCUUGUGUGAGCCUGUUUGCCAGAAAUGCCUGCCGACAUGUUUUGGACAUAGUCUGUGUAAAAAAAGUGGACGUAGCCUCCAGGUCUGAAAAGCAAGCCAGUGUGUAAGUUCCUUAACCCUGCAUUCUUUCUAAUGGCCAGCAGGGGGCGACUCUAAGAGAAGUAUAAUUGUAUAGAAGUCAAUGUGAAAACGACCCUACUUCUAACUUGAUUUAUUACCUCCGUAGACAUCUUCCCUAAGAGUUUAUGGUCUCAGUCACUAGUUUCAAGUCUUCUUCAAUACAGUACGAUGUUCAUUUUUUAAGUAAUAUUCUCAUUUAAUUAAACAAGAUACGCUUACUAUCUUGUGAUUGAUGGGUCACUACCAUGGCUCUCUGUCGAUCAAGAGAGGUGUAGCCAUGCGUAUCCAUCAGAUCCACUCUCUUGUCCAAAUAUGAUCAUUUCUGGCUCCAAAAAAAAAAAAAAAACCCCAGCUAAAAUGCCAAACUCGGCUUCGAAAUGGUCGUCCACAAACCAAUGGGUGACGUCACGGUUGCUACUUCCACUACUGUUACACUGUCUAUGUUUUUUUGUUUGGGAUUGGUGAGAACCAUCAGGAGUCUAUGUGGAGCGGUGAAUCAAAACAAUGAGCUUAGAGCCGCAAAGAGCGUUAGCAUCAGGUGUUGAUUCUCAGUGGAACCGGCAGUGCUAACAACUCUCAUAGGAAGUUAUUUAUUUUAGUGUUUUAUUAAGAAAUAUCACAUAAAGGGACAGUCCACAGAUUUAGACAUGAUUUGAUUUGACAUUAAAAGCAGAUGUUGGACGAGUGACGGUCAUCAACUUCAUAUAAUUUUUCAUUUUACUUAUGUUACCUCUCAGUUGACAGCAUCCUGUUAGCACCAUACACCUGCAUCAACAUUAGACUUUUUGUUGUGUCUGGAGGGCAAAGGGAGGGACACUGUUUUAGACAUUUUGUGACUAUCAACUGUUUGCUUGCUUGAGCAGAAACGUUGCUUAAAUUAAAUAAAAGAUAAAUAUGUACUUCUUAAAAGUCAGGUAACACAGUCAGUGUUUAAAAAAGCCAUUUUCUCAGUACUUGCCUUUAACAUGUAUGUACAAGUACAGCCUCAGUGAUUCUGACUGGUCAUCAUUGUGCAGCAAAAGAUUAUUGUUUUGGAUUGUUCUUCCAGCUUUGUCACUAACCACAGUGGCUGCGGGGGACAGAAACAAAUCAGCCACAGACAAAAUUGCCUUGAAUCAUAUACUGGCAGCUGAUGGCUGAAGCUCCCAUCAGGCCUGACAGUCUGAUUGGUAAAACACAUUUACACAAGGUGGCUACAUUCACACUGCAGCUCAACUUGCACAGCUGAGAUAUUCCCCCCUCACAUGUGACAUAUCAGAUUUUUGUCUGAGCGCUGUGAACAUCAAAAGCUGCAUUUAGUUUCUUGCUCCCACAGAUCAUAUGGACAUGUAAGAAAUUAUAUCUGGCAGCAUGCAGACGUUUCUCUGAACUCUGAAUUCACCAUGAGCCUGAGACAUUUAUGAUAUGUUUGACUACACUGCAGCUUCUUUGAGCAGUGUGUUAGAACGUAAAGAAACAUGACGCAACCCAGGAAGCUGAUUGUUUUGCUGUUUCACAUUUCUAGUGUGUCAUUUUAAAGGUCCAGUGUGUAGGAUUGAGGGGCAACUAUUGGCAGAAAUGGUAUAUAAUCUUAUUAACUAAGUUUUCAUGAACUUAUAAUAAUCUGAAACUAGUUAUCAUUCUGUUUUUGUUACCUUGGAAUGUGCGAUUUCUUUCUACAUAAGGAGCGGGUCCUCUUCCGCGAAGGCUGCCAUGUUGUUUCUACAGUAGCCCAGAACAGACAAACCAUUUAUGUUUUGACGUUGGCCACCAUAGUUCUCCUACACGCUUGGCUCGUGGGCGAUAUUUCAAUCGGUAGCAAUGUUGCAACCUAAAUACUAAAUGUCAUUAAAUCCUACACUCAAGACCUUUAAGUUUUGAAAUAUCAAAGAUUUUAAGGGGUUCACAGAUCCAGAUAGAAAAUUCAAGUGUCCAGGGUUUUGAGUUGCUCAUCUGAACUUCUCUUUAUAGGAUCACAUUAUUAGGGCUGUGGAGCGAUUUUAAAAAAAAAAAAAAAAAAAAAAAAAAAAAAAGGAUCUAAUUCAUUACAUGCUCUGUGAUUAAUCUAAAAUUGCAUUACAUCAUUUUUUGCUGUCAGAGUAUUUAAAGAAAUGUCAGUUCAAUUUAAUUCCAACGGAUGUGUUGUGGUAAAGCUGCUGGAUUUUAGACACAAUUGUCUCCCUGUCCUCUACAACCAAAACUGGUUUGCAGUCCAUUGCAAUCCAUUUUGCAAGUUAGUCGGUCACAGGUAGACUUGCUGAGAUUGCGUGUGAACGCCUGGUCGAGUGUGGCUUGACGAGGCUGACGGCUAGCGCUAGCAUCAGAGGCUGUGCUAGCUCAGACCUCCAGGUUCGCUGCUAAAUGCUUUGCUAAGAAGUGAUAUUUCAGGCUUUAAGUACUCCAAUGUUACAAAAAUUCCUUACUGCAGAAAUUGCAGUGGUGCUCCUAUCAACAGUUCCAUCGGGGCGUUUUUUAAAUAUAAGUGUUCAUUCACGGGGCCAAGCAACGUUGUCUUGUCUGCCUCCAUCAUGUGACACCGCUACUGUGGCCUUCAAUGACGCACCAGAUCAAAGGGCAUCAUUUUUUCUGUGAUGAAUUAAAUCGAAAUUAACAAAUUAUUUUUGACAGCCCUAAUUAUUAUCACUGGAAGGAAGAAGUUUUCAUUUCGCAUCUUUAAUUUAGGUGCCUUAAUUUAUAACAACUUGAGAGACUUUACUUUUGGCUUAAUUUUCAAAUCUGCAAAAUCACUGAAUUUGAGAGUUAUGUUUUUUGAAAUAUGGGACGCUUGGAAUUUCUAUCUAUUUGUGAACCUUUAAAAAACCACAAACAACAAAAUUCAAGUUUAUGAAAUUGCAAAACUAGUGCAAAUGUUACCCACAAUACAUUUCAAAGAGGGAAAUUCAGCCCACAUGUAUCCUAUCCCAGAGACUAGAGAUGCAAAGAUACAAAAAUCUCGUCUUUGCAUGACUGUCGCUUCCAGGUCAUGUUCAGGUCAGAUUUGGGUUACAUCCCAGAAUAGAUAUUCAGGCAAUUCAGGGUUGGGAAUCACGACCUGCUUUGUGAAUGUAUCCUGUAUUGUGCUUGUCAUGGUUGAACGCUCACAGUUAAGUAUUUGCUGUUUCUCCCUCCACACACCAAUCUGUAGCUGGAUGUGCCUUGUUUUCAUUCACCGCUCCUGCCACAAUAUUUUCAAGCAGUUUGAUCAUGGAGGGGAUAAAAUGAAACCAUCAGAGUGAAACCUAACUGAGCCACAGCUCACCACAUGAAGAAAACAUUUCAUAUUAUAUAAAAAUAUCAUAAUUUUGUGUCUUUUCUGUGCAGUUUCAGCCUUGACGCUGAUCACAAUCACUCUGUCUGUUAUUUCCAGGCCUUAUUUUGCUGUUCUUGUACCAAUGGUUCUUCUGGGGGAUAUUUCGUAAUCAUUGUACGCAAACUUGAAUAAGCAUUUUUCUCUGUAUGUGCAAUACAAUAGACAUAGACCUCAUAUCAUUUUUGUUUUGUUCCUCUGACUCCACAGAUUUCAUACAGCACCAGCUAUGAGUAUUCAAGAAAUGUCAAUCAACAGGUCCAAGCCUGCUACAAUCUGACGCCUCGUGUCAGAGAAUCAGCUGUUUCCAUGUUUGUCACUUUGAAAUGUAUUCGUCUUCUGAUGGCCUCUCAUCUUUCACAGAGUAAAUAUCUAAAUAUUAAAAAUGCCUACACA